GGCAUGACCUUCCUGUGCAGUUGCCUUGAGGCCAAUUAUACGUGUGAUCCAAUAAUUAAUGGUUGCGGUUGUCGCUGUCCAGGAAAGAUUUAUAAUCUCGAACCAAUUGAUAGAAAGGAUGGCAUUCCAAGGUAAAUAAAAACAGUUUAUUUUUCAUUCCACCGAUUGGCUCAAAUCCCACAACGUAUUCAUCACCCAGAAAAUGGCGUCAGUAGAACAGGAUAAUCACUAGAAAGAGGGACGGCUAUCGAGAAGCCCCGAGGACGAGGUUGCGUUGUUUUGAUGGACCAUUAGAGAAUGGCAGAACAUUUAACAAGUUUUUCGUGGAAGAACUAGUCGAACUACAGCCUGAAUGAAUGAAAUAAUUGUUGUAUUCGGUUCUCCUCUGAUCUGAAGAUUUAUGCAGAUAUCGGAGGGUGUUAUUUGCCGAGGCCGAUUAAUAAGCCUUCAGAUCAUUUUUAGCCUUAUCCAGUAAUUGCUCAUAAUAUGGUAGUGCUCGUUAAAGCGUAUUUUGAAAAACGUGCUGGAAUUCCAGGUCCCUGGAGUAAUUGCCUCAUGGGUUUUUACUUACGUCGGAAUUAAGUCGGAAUGAAGAAUUAUAGUCGUAUAGUUAUUUGGACAGCUCUAUGAAUGACUGGACUUGCCUUCGUCGUAGGACCCGCAGUUUGAAGAGCUGGUUAUGCUAAAAUUGUAUCGGUCUACUUGGUAAGCCUUGAGGUUUAUAACUUGUAUUUUAUCGACAGGUUUACUACCAAAAAGGAUAAUUUUGGGUAUAAAUACAGUUACAAUCCGUGUACUUCCUUCUUGCUGAGCCAGAUACAAGUGCCUGGUGACUGUAACAAAGAUGUGGCAGUAAGUUUUGGGGAGAAUAUAUAUUAUCAAGGGGGUUUUUAAAUUUAGUAUCAUAGACAGCCGUUGAACUACCAGGAUAGAGAAAGUAUAUGAGACCAAACAGAAACCUUUUUCGGUUAAUCGGAAAGCUAAGGGCAAAUGAAAUUGAUGUAGCCAAUUUAUCAGCACACCAUAGCAUAGGAUAUAGGAAGAAACACUUAACGAUUAGUCGCCUGAGGAGUAUAAUUACAUUGAUGAUUAUUCGAGAAAAUAAAAUUAUUGAUCAAUUUCCGACUCCGAAACAUCAACAAAUCUGGCUGCCAUUUUGAAAACUUCUAGCCUUCAAUAUUAUAAUCACCGCGCCGUGAUUAUAGCUGGAUGAAGCGAAGUUCCUAGUAAAUCAUAGCGCUCUAUUUUCGAUAAUCAUCAAUGUAAUUAUACUAAGCUCAUAUAUCUAUAUUUAGUGUACAACACUCAGCGAUCUUGGUGAUUAAAGCAAUCUGAUUGGUUCUUUAUCUCGGACUGUUCAAGGAAUAUUCAACCAAUAGCGAGCAGAUAUUUGAACAAGGUGUUUGGCCAACCUUUUAGAAUAAGAGACUUAACACUGAGCAAUUUAAGCUUUUAAUUAUUACAAAUAAUCAUUACGCUAUUGUUUGCCAAAGCAUUUAACUCUGAUUUACCAUGUCUGAAAGUUCUGUAAAGAUCUAACUUUUAGACAUGUACUGUUUACCGCCACAUACGCAUUUUCCAUGAAUGAUUUGAUCUGUCAAUCAAAUAUUAGUUUUUACUUUGAGAUUGUUGAGGUCACCUCAUCUGUAUAUACACCAAGUUAAUUAUUCUUUGCAAUUUCGGUGAAUAGAACCUUUAGGAAUAUUUACUUCUAUUUCAAAGAAUAAUUGCUAAUUAUAUAACAGCUUUUGGACUUCAACUUCAGCUGUUUUCUAACAUCUUAUUUUCCUUCAGAUUUGUCGGUGGGCCGCAAUUAACUCAAGCUACCAAAACAUUGGAACGAAUACUUCAGUACAAUGUCACUUCAAUAACGAGUCAAACAGUGCAGAGCUGCAUUACAGGAACGAGGAGUAA